GCUCUGGGCGUCUUGGGCCUUUUGGGGCUCCGGCAGUUCCGUCCGGACGCGGUGUCCUGCAACACCGCGCUCAACGCCUGCGACCAAACCUGGCGCCAGGCGCUGGGCUUGUUGGCGGCCGCUUUGACGGCGCUGACUGCGACGGUGGUCACGUGGAACGCCACGAUCAGCGCCGGUGGGAAGUCCGAGCAGUGGCUGCAGGCCGUGGGAGUCUUAGACUCUGCACAAAGCGCAGCGCUCAAGGCCGACGUGAUCUCCUUCAACGCGUCGAUGAGCGCCUGCCGCUGGGAAGCGGCCUCGGGCCUCUUUAAGGAGCUUCGAGGUAAAGCCUUGCGCCCCACGGCGGUCACCUUUGGUUCCACCAUCAGCGCCUGCGAGAGGUCGACAUCGGCCCAGUGGCCGAAAGCUGUGCACGCGCUUUGUAUGGCAGCAAGCUGCGGCGUGGAGACCGGCACCAUUGCCUACAACGCAUGCAUCAGCGCGCUUGAACAGGGACAGUGGGAGCAAGUCCUUUGCUUGUUUCACAGGCUCAUGAUCAGUGGGUUGCAGCCGAGUAUCACGACAUGCAAUGCACUGAUCACCGCCUGUGCGAGUGAAGAGUGGCGACGUGCUUUGACGACCCUUCUGACUUUACCAUCAUUGAAGCUUCGGGCUGACAUUGUCACCUUCAACGCAUGCAUCCGUGCAUGUGAUGAAGGCGGUCAAUGGGAGCGAGCGUUGCUUCUGUUCUCGGAAGCUCAAAGACGACGACUGCAGCCUUCGGCGGUGACAUAUAGUUCGAUCAUCACAGCCUGUGCUGGACGGUGGCGCCAGGUGCUUCUCUUGCUCCGUGCGGCGCGGGACCUGAGCCUUGCCGACGGCGCGGUCUGCAAUGCGGCCGUCGCGGCGUGCGGGGCGGCCGCGUGCUGGGAGCAGGGCCUCAGCUUGCUGUCGCUCGCCGGACUGCAAGCAUCGUCCAUCUCCUUCAACGCGGUGAUCAGUGCGUGCGCGAAGGCGGAGCUCUGGUCGCAGGCGCUCCGCGCCUUCGCGGCGCUCGCGGCGCAGCCUGCGGCGCGGCGCUGGCGCCGCGACGCGGUGGCCUUCAACGGCGCGAUCACGGCCUGCGAGAAGCGCCUGCGGUGGCGCUUCGCUUUGGGCCUCAAGGAGCUCCAGAGAGGCGGAGGCGUGCGCCCGACAGCGGUGACGUUUGGUGCCAUCGUCAGCGCUUGUGAGAGGUCGGCCAAGUGGCAGGGAGCCGUGCACCUGCUUGGCGCGGCGGAGAAAGAGCUCCGGCCGGAUGCCGUCGCCUUCAACGCCGCGAUCAGCGCCUUUGAGGGGCUGUCCCGGUGGCGGUGGUGCUUUGACCUUGGCUCGAGGCUUCCUUUGACGCGGGCGGCUCGGACCGAACACCCGAAGGGAAGUCGAACAACUGCAGAGGAGGCACCGCGGGCGGCCGCCGGCGCCGCCUUCGGCUCCAUCGUCGGCGCCGCCUCCGCCGCCGCCGCGUGGCGCGCCGCGGCGGCCGCGCUGCGCGCAUGGCGCGCGCGCAGCCGCGCGCCGCCGCGCGCGGGGUGGGCCUGGGCGCCCCUCGAGGGGUGGCCGGCGCCGGCGGCGGUGCGGGAGCUGCGCCUGGGGAGCAAAGCGCGCCAACUCCAGCUGAGCGCCCUGGAAGCCUGCGGAGAAAUCAUGAGCUUUCCGAACCCGGAACCCUACGGAACGUCCAAUGUCCACCUCUCUCUGAGACCGAACUUGGGCAACCUGGUGCUCGUCGACGCGGACAAUGUCCCUGCAGCUCAGUUGUACGGUCGGGCGGCAGGCGAGGAGCCGGGCUUGGUGAAUGUGAAGCUUGGCCCAGGCAUCCAGGUGGCCGAUGGCCAAGGCACUCCUGCCAGGCCAGGGAUGAACAUGGAGCGCGAGCCGCGGGGCCUCCGGCGAUUCUUUCGGAGGAAGAAGAGUUCGCCGGGCGGCACCCCGUUGGCCAGCAACGAGGGAUGGUCUCCCGCCUCGAUCCUCUCCAGGCGAAGCCGCGAAGAAACCCCAACGGAGCGGGGCCGGCCGCGCCAAAGAGCGCAGAAGAGGGCCCCGCUGACCUGCAUGACCUUCUUCGCCUGCGGGGCCCUGCCGCGGGGCGAGUCCCCCGAGCGCGCGCGCACGCGCCCGCGGUCUUCGGAGUCGCCGGAGGCCUUGUCCAUCACCCCGGCGGUGACCACCAACGCCAUGCGCCUGCGCUGGGCGCGGGACGACCGCACCCGCGUGGAGCAGAUCCGAGGCGGGCUCCGAAGCAGCAGCACGGGCAGCAUUCUCAGCAGGCCGACAGUCCCGGCACCCUCCACGCCCAGCGCAGGCAAGCUCACUUCGCUGGACACUGAAGGAAUGGACCUAGCGCCUCCCAGCGAAGUCAUCCUCCAGGAGCUCGAGAGGUGCCGCAUGCGCCUGGAAGACGUGCGUGCGCCGGCGUCGGAUCAGAAGCCGCGGAAGCGGGAGGAGCGGCCGGAGCUGGCGGUGGUCGUCUUCCGAGCGCAGGCCCCAGAACCGGAGCUGCUGCCGUCCCCGGCGAGGUUGACUCCGGGCUGGUCCCCAAAUGGCCUGUCCCGCAUGGACAAGGUUCACAAGACCCGCAAGGACCAGCUGGAGGCCCACCAUGGCGUGUCGCGGUCCCUGACGCCCUCCACCCGCGCCUCGCCGGGGGCCCCGGGGGCCCCGACCCGCGGCUUGCGGCUUUUGGGAGCUGCGGCAAGGCACGCCCAACUCACAAAGGAGGGCUGCGCGGGCCCCACGCAGCAGACGUUCACUGUGAUGUACGAUGAGGAGUCGUUGGGCGAGCGCAGGGAGCGGGUGAGGGGCUUCAUCCAGCAGACGGAGAUCCUUGGCGGCCUUCAAGCACUACUCUGGUCGCUCCAGCCUAUGCGUGUGGCGUUCCGCUGGCCGCACGUGUGGUCACAGCCAGGCGAUGUGUCCUCCUCGCCCUGCGAUAUGAGCCCAGGCUCGCGGCGCCGAGCGGUGACUGCCGACCCUGGGGGCCGCUUGGAGGAGGCGCGGGCGCUGCUUUCGGAGAUGCUCUCAGGCAGCACGAAGAGCUCGAGCUCGGCCUCACUGGAGGACGCCAGGCGCCGCCACGAGUCUGCGCCGCCCAAGGCUGCCACGCUGCGGCCCUCAAACACGGCCUGGGCGAGCCCGCCCAACCGGCGCUGGAACAAGACCCACGCGUCCGGCGGCUUUCAGGUGCCGGGGAACUUCCUCACGCCUCUCAACGGGCAGGGCAGCCCGUCGCGUCGCGAGCGGUCCAUGCCCUGGUUCCCGACCAUCGAGUUUGAGCAGCCGAGGCUAUGGCAGGGCCGCGCGGCCAGCACGGGCCGACUGGCGCCGCUGGCGGAGCACGCGCGCACGCUAGGCCCCGCCCCGGGCGCCGCUUCCGCCGCCUCCGCCGCGUCCGGCGGCCCGGGGCUCGCGGACCGCGAGGGCCGCGUGGAGCGCUUGGCGGUCCCGGAGCGGAAGCCGCGGAAGGAGAGCCGCCAGAGCCGCCAAAAGAGGCACCCCGAGGGCGACGCGGAAUUCUGCCAAAUCCUGGCGGCGGCGUUGGCGUCGGGGGAUGGCUACGGCUUGCAGCCAGAGGCCGACGGGCCUGUCCUCUCCAUGUGCGAGGAGUUGGUGGAAGGCGGUGACGAGCAUUCGCUCCCGGCAUGCGAUGUGCCGAGCCCUAUUCCCAAGCUGUCAGAGUCCUUGGAGGAAGCUUCGCGGAGCUCCACGCCGCCCAGCGGCAUGCUGACGCCUCUGCCGCUCCCCUCUUCACGCAACGAGUCGCCCCGAGAAGCGCAUCCCUUCGGCCCCAAGACCCCGCGGGCUACCAGCGGAGACACGAAAGCCGAGGAGGCGCGCACCAAGUCGCCCCGCAGGCGCAAGGACUUCGCCCAGAUCAUGGCGGAGCGGCGCCGCCUGGAGGCGGUGGUGCGCGUAGACCGCGCCUAA